AUGGCUGUCUCUUUGCCACCCACCCUGGGACUCAGUUCCGCCCCAGACGAAAUCCAGCACCCACAGAUUAAAUUUUCAGAAUGGAAAUUUAAGCUAUUCAGGGUGAGAUCCUUUGAAAAGGCACCUGAAAAUGCUCAAGCGGAAAAGCAAGAUUCCUCCGAAGGGAAACCCUCUCUAGAGCGAUCUCCAGCAGUCCUGGACACGCCUGGUGGUCAGAAACCAGCUCUGACUCAACUGGCAUUGAAGCCCCACCCAAAGUUUCUGAAGAAAUCCCAUGAUGACAGGAAAGCAAGAGACAAAGCCAUGCACCAAGCCAACCUGCGACAUCUUUGCCGCAUCUGCGGGAAUCCUUUCAAAGCCGAUGGGCACCAUAGGAGAUACCCAGUCCAUGGGCCUGUGGAUGGUAAAACCCAAGUCCUUUUACGAAAGAAGGAAAAGAGGGCCACGUCCUGGCCAGACCUCAUUGCCAAGGUUUUCCGGAUCGAUGUGAAGGCCGAUGUGGACUCGAUUCAUCCCACUGAGUUCUGCCAUAACUGCUGGAGCUUCAUGUACAGGAGGUUUAGCAGUGCCCCGUGUGAGGCUUACUCCCCAAGGAAUGCAACCAUGGAGUGGUCCUCCCACACAACACCCUGUGACAUCUGCCACAUUGCCCGUCAGGGACUCAAGAGGAAGGGUCAUCAGCCAAGCGUGCAGCUCAGCAAAAAACUCAGAACUGUGAUUGACCGAGCUCGAGAAGUCCGUCGGCGCAAGAGGAGAGCCCAGGCCGGGAUCAGCAGCAAGGAACUGAAGAAGAAAAUCGCCAACUGCAGUAAGAUACAUCUCAGUACCCAGCUCCUGGCACUGGACUUCCCGGCGCACUUUGUGAAAUCUGUCUCCUGCCAGCUUUGUGAACACAUUCUGGCGGACCCUGUAGAGACCAGCUGUAAGCAUGUAUUUUGCAGGAUCUGCAUUCUCAGAUGCUUCAAAGUCAUGGGAAAUUAUUGUCCUUCUUGCCGGUACCCCUGCUUCCCUACUGACCUGGAGAGUCCAGUGAAGUCUUUUCUGAGCAUCUUGAAUUCCCUGAUGGUGAAAUGUCCAGCCAAAGAGUGUAAUGAGGAUGUCAGCUUGGAAAAAUAUAAUCACCAUGUCUCAAGCCACAAGGAAUCGAAAGAGACUUUCGUGCAUAUUAAUAAAGGGGGCCGGCCCCGCCAGCAUCUCCUGUCCCUGACCCGGAGGGCUCAGAAGCACCGUCUGAGGGAGCUCAAGCUGCAAGUCAAGGCUUUCGCUGACAAAGAAGAAGGUGGAGAUGUGAAGGCGGUGUGCCUGACCUUGUUCCUGCUGGCUCUGAGGGCAAGGAAUGAGCACAGACAAGCUGACGAGCUGGAGGCCAUCAUGCAGGGACGGGGCUCCGGCCUGCAGCCGGCUGUUUGCUUGGCCAUCCGUGUCAACACCUUCCUCAGCUGCAGCCAGUACCACAAGAUGUACAGGACUGUGAAGGCCAUCACAGGCAGGCAGAUCUUCCAGCCUUUGCACGCCCUUCGGAGUGCUGAGAAGGUCCUUCUGCCAGGCCACCACCCCUUCGAGUGGCAGCCACCUCUGAAGAACGUGUCUUCCAGCACUGACGUGGGCAUUAUUGAUGGACUGUCUGGACUGUCCCCCUCUGUGGAUGACUACCCGGUGGACACCAUCGCCAAGCGCUUCCGCUAUGAUUCAGCUUUGGUGUCUGCUCUGAUGGACAUGGAAGAAGACAUCCUGGCGGGCAUGAGAGACCAAGACCUUGAGGACUACCUGAAUGGCCCCUUCACCGUAGUGGUGAAGGAGUCUUGUGAUGGGAUGGGAGACGUGGGUGAGAAGCACGGCAGUGGGCCAGCAGUUCCGGAAAAGGCAGUUCGGUUUUCCUUCACGAUCAUGAAAAUCACCAUCGCUCACGGGUCACAGAAUGUGAAGGUGUUUGAGGAAGUCAAGCCUAACUCUGAACUGUGUUGCAAGCCCUUGUGCCUCAUGCUGGCAGAUGAGUCUGACCACGAGACCCUGACGGCCAUCCUGAGCCCUCUCAUUGCCGAGAGGGAGGCCAUGAAGAGCAGCAAAUUAAUGCUUGAGAUGGGAGGCAUCCUCCGGACUUUCAAGUUCAUCUUUAGGGGCACCGGGUAUGAUGAGAAACUUGUCCGGGAAGUGGAAGGACUCGAGGCUUCCGGCUCAGUCUACAUUUGUACCCUUUGUGAUGCCACCCGCCUGGAAGCCUCUCAAAAUCUUGUCUUCCACUCCAUCACCAGAAGCCACGUUGAUAAUCUGGAACGCUAUGAGGUCUGGCGUUCCAACCCAUACCAUGAGACGGUGGAGGAACUGCGGGACCGGGUGAAGGGGGUCUCGGCCAAACCGUUCAUUGAGACGGUCCCUUCCAUAGAUGCACUCCACUGCGACAUCGGCAACGCAGCUGAGUUCUACAAGAUUUUCCAGCUGGAGAUAGGGGAGGUGUAUAAGAACCCCAGUGCCUCCAAAGAGGAGAGGAAAAGAUGGCAGGCUGCCUUGGACAAGCACCUCCGGAAGAAGAUGAAUCUGAAACCAAUCAUGAGGAUGAAUGGCAACUUUGCCAGGAAGCUCAUGACCAAAGAGACGGUUGAAGCAGUUUGUGAAUUAAUUCCCUCCGAGGAGAGGCACGAAGCUCUGAGGGAACUAAUGGACCUUUAUUUGAAGAUGAAACCCGUCUGGCGAUCAUCAUGCCCUGCUAAGGAGUGCCCAGAAUCCCUCUGCCAGUAUAGCUUCAAUUCACAGCGUUUUGCUGAGCUCCUCUCCACCAAGUUCAAGUAUAGAUACGAGGGCAAAAUCACCAAUUAUUUUCACAAAACCCUGGCUCACGUCCCUGAAAUUAUUGAGAGGGAUGGCUCCAUUGGGGCCUGGGCAAGUGAGGGAAAUGAGUCUGGCAACAAACUGUUUAGGCGCUUCCGGAAAAUGAAUGCCAGGCAGUCCAAGUACUACGAAAUGGAAGAUGUCUUGAAACAUCACUGGUUGUAUACCUCCAAAUACCUGCAGAAGUUUAUGAAUGCUCAUAAUGCAUUGAAAACUUCAGGGUUUACCAUAAACUCCCAGGGAAGCUUAGGGGACUCACUAGACCUAGAGGACUCUCCGGAAUCUCAAAAUUCAAUGGAAUUUUAAGCAGGGCAGCCCCUUAUGCGUUGGUUUUGCAAAUAAAUUUUCCUCUGGGUGGCGUUGUGACCUUCUCCUGGUACCCUUCACUCCUGUGUAUGGGGCUUCACCACCCAAGCGGUGGUAGGUUGGAGAGGCCACAGGUGCUGAACCCAUGUCAGGAAUGGAUAACUAGUGAGCUGAUUGCUUGAGCCAUUUAGGGAGUUCAGAAAAGCAACAGGAGGAAUCAGUUAUUUGAAAGCUCAAUAGCUGAGAACAGGAGUCACUGCGGGGGACCAGAGAUGAACAAAGAUAUGUGUAUGUGUGACCGUGUGACGUGAAAAUCAAAGUCAAGGUUGUCAAAGGACAGCCAGUGAAGGCAGGAAAGGAAUUUGACUUGUGGUUUCCAUCUACCACCACCUCCCCAGUUAUUCUAGUUUAUAUUGAGAUGUGUUUUCUAUAUUGAGAUGUGUGUUUUCUAUAUCAUUUUUGCAGAAUUAUUUAUUUUAUAAAUUUCACAUAUUUUGGCUUAUUCUACAAGAUUCAGGAAAGCUUUUCAGAUCUCUCUAAUAAUCAUAUCUUACAUUUGUAUGGCACAAUGACCUUGACAAUGCUCCUGGUGCAUUUUGUCAUUUGGUACACUUAUGCAGAAAUACCCUACAUCCAGAAGAUUUUUGGAAAAUCAGUCCUUUUCUGGAUUUAAAUGAUGUCUCUGUUGUAACUCUUGGAGUUUAGGAGAUCAUCUGGUACCGUGGAUUUUUCAAUUAUAAAGGGAGAAUAAAACUGUUAGCUGCAGUUGGUUACUAAAUCUUGUGAUAAUACAUGUUUACUUAGCUAUCAGUAGCCAGGUAUGAUUUUUAUUUUUUACUUUUAAUUAAUUUAGAUCCUCCAAAUGCUUUUCCAUACAAUCUCAAAGCCACAGAGGCUAUUAAAAUCUGGUUUUGUUUACUGUAUGAAAACAGUCUUGCUGAAAAUUUCUGCCAGGUUUUCUUCAUUUGAAACCUGGGUCAAUUUUACUAAAUCCACUUUUCAUGGAGUUUUUCCCUUUGCAAUGUGUUAUUUUUUUCUAUCAUGAUCAGCUUACUUUCAGUGUAUUAAGAUUUUUGCAGCAGGAUAUCUUUGUACUUUUCUCACCUGCUAAGUUUACAUGGAGCCUGCUCGUGGUACAGUGGAAGAGUUCAUAUUUGUAGAGGGUUUUUUUUUUUUUGCCACUUUUAGAAUAUUUCCACAUUCAUUUUGCCUCAUUUUUCCUCACUACAACUCUGUGGGGUAGGCAUGCUUAUGAUUUUCAUUUGGUGGAGAGUUAAAUGAUUUGCCCAAAGUUACAGGGAUAGUACAUACCUGAUCUGGAAUUUGAACACAGUCCUUUUGUCUCCAAAUUCCACGUUGUUUCUACCACGAAAAUUAACCACUUUUUUUUGAUUUUUUUCUUUUUUUUAAUAAGGAAGUAAUAUAAU